CUCAGGAACUCGCCACGGCCUUAACGAAACUACACCUCUGUGCGACGACCGUGAACGAGGAGGGCGCCGGGUUAGAGGUUGUGGAACAAGCUGACCUACUGAGUCGAAUCAGUAAGGCCCAGGAAACGGACUCCACACUCCAAGGGAUGGUCGACAAGGAGGUGAGCGGGUACCGUACGGCUGGGAAUGGUACUAUCCUGUUUAAAGGCCGAGUGUGCGUACCACAGGGAGGGAACUUGAGGGACGAAUUACUGGCACAGGCUCAUCAAUCACGGUUCGCAAUUCACCCGGGACGGACAAAAAUGUACCAAGAUCUGAAGCGGUACUAUCACUGGGAAGGAAUGAAGAGAGAUGUCGCCUUGUGGAUAGCCCGGUGUCAGACCUGUCAGCUGGUUAAGGCGGAGCGCGGAGUUCCAGGAGGACUGCUGCAGGAGUUACCCUUACCACAAUGGAAAUGGGAUAUGGUGACAAUGGAUUUCGUCACGGGGCUACCACGGACCACGAGAAACUACUAAAAUGACCAAAAUAAUGGACCACGAGUUACCCUUACCACAAUGGAAAUGGGAUAUGGGUGAUAGUAGACCACCUGACAAAGACGGCUCAUUUCCUACCUAUACGAACCACCGAUAAGACUGAGGACUUAGCUCGAGAGUACCUGAACACCAUAGUGAAGUUGCAUAGGGUACCGGUAAGCAUAGUAUCCGACCGGGACCCGAAGUUUACCUCAACAUUCUGGCAGGCGUUUCAAAGAGCGUUGGGAACCAAGGUUCGCCUUAGCAACGCGUAUCACCCACAGACGGAUGGACAAUCCGAGAGGACCAUCCAAACACUUGAAGAUAUGUUGAGGGCGAGUGUUUUGGAAUGGGGAGGUAAAUGGAGCGAAUAUCUACCAUUGGUGGAGUUCUCAUAUAACAACAGCUACCAUGCGAGCAUUGAAAUGUCCCCGUAUGAAGCAUUGUAUGGGCGACCCUGUAGGACCCCCUUAUGUUGGACCGAAGUGGGGGAGGAACGAGAUAUGACCCCCGAACUAGUUGGAGAAACGAUCAAGCAAGUAGAACUCCUCAGAGACAGAUUGAAAACAGCACACGAUCGCCAGAAGAGUUACGCCGACAAACACCGGAAGAAACUAGAGUUUGCAGUUGGGGAUGAGGUGUACUUGAAAAUGAGAACCUCUCGAGGGAAUGACCCAAACCGAAAGUUGAAAAAGUUGAGACCCAGAUACAUGGGCCCAUACGUGAUAAAGGAGAGGAUUGGUGCAGUCGCGUAUCGGCUGGUCCUACCGCCGGAACUAUCAGAUUUCCAUGACGUGUUUCACAUCUCCGUGCUACGGAAGGUUGUAAGGGAGCCUGAGCUGAUCUUGCCGCAUCCGCCUACGGAUGCGCAACGUAACUUGACCUUGGUUAGCAAACCCAUAAAGAUUGUGGAGGAAAAGGAAGUAAAUAACCGGGGACGAAAGGAAAAGAUGGUUCUCGUACGUUGGGAGAGGGAUGGAAUCCACGAGGAUGUGUGGGAACAUGAGUCGCAUUUGAAGGUUAACUACCCCGGGAUUUUUGGAAACGCGGAACGGGACCAGGAGGAGGUCCAGAAUUCGGGGACGAAUCCUUUUCUAGUGGGGGAGAAUUGUAACAUCUCGGGCCCGGCCCAAAAGGAAACUCAAGUGCAGGAGGCCCAAGGAGAAGAAACCCUAGACAUAACCCCUCCCAUUGCUUAUAAAAGGAGAAGUUUCCCUAGGGUUCAGCCACAAGAGAGACAGCAAGCGAAGCCCUGCCUGAGCAGAACCCCGCCGCCGCCUCCGCCUCAAGCCGCCGCCGCUCCAUCUCCGGCGAAGCCAGCCGCCAGCCGCCCGCGAAGCCCUAGCCGCCGCAACCGAGCUCCUAGCCGCCGCUUCCUUGAUUCAGUUUCGUGCAAGCAACUGAAAUCUGAACCCUAAAGGUAAAACUAAGAUCUCUAGCUCUAAGUCAUUGGAAAAUGACAGAUUCUAAACCCAUCUCUCUCUUGUGUGAAUCCGAUUCUCAAAUCAGAUCUCGAGAAGUGACUGUUCCCCAAACCUAGAUCCAGAUCUACUUCUGCAAAAAGCUAAGGUGAGGACUUGGCUGUGAACUUGCCUCAUGUUGAGUAACCAAUGGGACUUAGUCCUUUGUUAAUCAGUUCUAGAUAUUGUGUGUAUGUGUGAUGUGAUAUGUGAUUGAUCUUGUCUAGACGAUAGUACGUGUUGAAAUGAUAAGAACGUAGGCAUGUUAGGGUGGUCAAGAAUAUGAUGAUAAGGUGUUGAGACGUGUUGUGAAUGAUAAGUGAAAGAUGUAAGAAUAAGUACGAAUAAGGGAUCAUAUAGAGAGUCUAAGGAAAGUAUGUGGGGUAGUAGUCCACGCUAGGUAUCCAUAGGAGAUGUGGCCAAUCCACAAGAAUAUGGAAGCACCCAUAGGAGAUGUGGCCAAUCCACAAGAAUAUGGGGUAGAAGCCUAGUUGGGGCUACCCACUGAUGAAAAGGACGAAAAGAUGAAAAGGAUGUGCAUUGUAGGGUCUUUAGUUCAUGUCGGGUAGUAUGGGUUUCUGUGUAAUAGAUCUUAUUAGCUCAUGACUUGUGAUUGUUUGCUCUUCCUGAGUUGAGCUCGUGGGUUCCUAGAACCUACCCUCACUAAGUAUUAUGUACUCACCCCCUCUUUUUACAGGUAGGGCCGAGAGGGAGCGGGAGUAGAUGUCCGUAUGGUGCAAGUGUUUUCUCGAGUCUUUCAUUUAUGACUCAUUUCUUUCAACCAUUUCUUCUUAAGUUUUUAUUCGACAUUUCAGUUUUGUUGAGUUUGGUUUUAUGAAAGACAAUUUGAGUUUUAAUAAGAGUUUUUGAACGAAAAGGUUUGGGAUAAAGCAUUUGAUAAGGUUCAUCGGGCCAAGGCCGUUACAAGAGAGAUCAGUUUAGAAUUGUGCAUUGGAUAAUUCAAUUACUUACUCUUCUUUUUUUGCAGGUUUGUUGGGAAAGUUUUAAAAGUGUAAUUCUUGCUGUGGUGCCAAACUUUUGGGAAAUAUGGAUCCAAGGACAUGGUAUUGCAAAAACAAUUGUAACUUGUAAAAAAAAUUGCUAAAAUCUUAUUAUAAGUACUUGAACUUUGUAAAUUCUGUAAAAUUUGAAUUCCCACGUUUCCAAUCCUCUAGUCCAAAAAUCUGAACUAAUUGUGUAAUUUGGAAUAGUAAAUACUAUAGUGCAAGAAUUAUUCCGAUGCGGUACAGUUAAUUCAAUCGAAUGCCAAAAGGUGGAAGACGCCGUUAAAAAGAACCGCGUCACCGUCGAUACAGUUCUUAACGUCGCGUCAGAAAUUAACGGAGUUUACACAGCACAGCGCCUUUGCAAACUAGUUUUAUAUAAACAUCUCCCAUCAUCUCUCUGAUCUCUCAGUCUCGUCUCCCAUUUGUUUCACAGAGGAGAGAACAGCUUCAGAAAUAGCCUACAAUGGUGGUCGCUAGAACUCUGUUUUCAGUCUCAGCAAUUCUGAUCAUAAUUAUAACACUCUUUGUCCAUGUAAAUGCAGUUCAAGAAACAGGGGAAUUGAAAACUGAGAGUUCAAGAAAUACAUUAUUGGCGGAUUAUGAAUCGCAUGAACACGCCGUUAAAGACCCAGAAGGAAUAGCCGCCAUGAUCGAUAUGUGAGUCUCUCUCUCAGUAAAAAUAGUAUUAUAUUAGAGAAAUUGCAUCUCCUAAACGCAAAUAAUAUCUAUAUUUGCAUGGAUGGAAAUUCAGCUUUUUGGCUGAGCUAUUUUUUCAAAAUAGCAAUUUUACUCCUAGAUUAGCUAGUGCAACCUAAAGCUUCUUCUCAUUACACAUCACCCUAUAGCACGUGCGUGAUACAACCUGUUAGGAGAGAGGGUGAAUUCUCUAAAUAAAUUCUUCAAUAUACUUCUCGGUCUUGUAUUGAUCUUAUUCUUUUUUAUUCAACCCUCUGCAACUUUUUUUUGUCCGAAACACUUUUCUUUUUGAAAUACUACAACUUUUAUUUCAAAAACUAGAUUUUCAUCUUAGGAGAAUCCCACGAAACCGUAUUCAUUAUUCACCUAAAGAGAUCUAUUUAGCUCUGAUACCAAUGAUAAGAUCCAAGGAGGAUCUGAUCGUGUAACAAGAAAGGAUGGGAAUAACAGAAGAAAGAGAUAAGGGAAAGAGAGAGAGGAUAAGAUAAGAGAUAGAAUUUGUUGAUUAAUUAUUUGAUAAUGAUAAGCUUGGUGAAAGCUUAUCUGUUAAGUGACAGAAAGGGGAGAAGUUUGAGGAAGAACAAAGGUAUAAGAGAAGAUAGAGAGGAAGAAAUCAGGGAUUGAACCCGUUAUUUGAUUAAUGAUCGUUGUUUUUGGUACAAUACAGAUGACUUAAAUAGAGUGAUAAAAAGACUAAUAAAAGGUUUAUUGACUUGAUAACUUCCGAAGCCCAAUAACCAUCUCCCGAAGCCCAUUAAUGCUUAUCAGAGAAUCCCACGAAACCGUAUUCAUUAUUCACCUAAAGAGAUCUAUUAGCCCAAUCGCUUAGUAUGUUAUCUCUUCUCUUUAUAGCUUUCACUAUAUCUCUCCGCCUCCUCCGCUCUCGAUUGAUUUCGUAAUCCCGUCAUUACCACAGCCGUCUGAUCUGCUUCUGCUUUCCAGGGUUUUCUUGUGAUCUCCGGAGUGCCUUAGUACGGAGGGUACGGUUCAGGUUAUAGUUCUGUAGGUCGCUCAUGUUUCUCAUACGGUUUCUAGGGCUUCGAUUGGAGAUGGUGAUAUUGACAAAACGAGGGAGUGGCGUAGGCUUCGGCGCAGAAGAAGCAUUGUUCUCUUCAGAGACAAGCUGCUGUUAAUGGCAGCUGAGGAUUACGAUUGAAUGUUUGAAUCUUGUGUCAAUGAGGUAGCUUUCAAUAGCAAUUGCAUUGACUAAUACUACUGUGAGGAGAAUGAUAUGAAGAAUCGGUUUUGUUUGGUCGUGUACGACACAAGAAUCUCGUUAGGCUUAUAGCUUAUUGCAUUGAAGGGGCAUACAUGUACUAAAUGCUGCUGCUGCUGCUAAUAAUCCUCUCUUUUUAAUGGUUGAAAUCAGAAAAUAGCAAUGUUGUGAUCUAAUAUCGAGUUCCCUACAACAGAUGCUUGUGUAUGACGUUGUCGAUAAUGGUAAUUUGGAGCAAUGUAUCUAUCAUCUAAACAGCAACUCAUAGGAAAAAGGGAAAAAUAAGGUCCAAACUCCAACAGAGGAGAAAGACACUCCAAAUUUUAUUAUCUGGCUAUAAGCUCUCAUUUCCAUUCCUUAUUUAAUUUAACUUUGUAUUUUUUUUUGUGGCACUAGCAGUAAUUUUACAAAUUAAGCUCAAUUCAUCAACAAUUUUUGUAAUGUAACACGAAACAAAAAUAUGUUUUAAUGAACAUAAUGUCUGGAUAA